AUGCAUCCCCGAUAUGCCUUGUAUUUCAUUGUUUUGUUGGCGUUGUUUUCCUCUCUAACGCUCAUUCUCUAUAUUAAAUAUUAUUCAAGCAAGACACAAAUGAUUAUUGCGAACGCGAAUACAAGUGGACAACAUCAUCACGAUGUUGAAAAACAAUCGGAUCAUGCCUCAUCAAAUAAUAAUGAGGAAGAGAAGCCCUCUAUUCAAAAGCAAACAUCGUUGGGUGAUUCACAACAAUCUGAGACAAACAAAACACAGAACGUUCAACAAGUUGAUUCACGAAAAUUUAAUCACAAAACCGAUAUUAUUGACGGAUUUUAUGAUGAGAAAAUUGAAUUAACUGUUGGGGAUGUUGUAAAGGGCGUGAUGAAUUCAAAAAUUGAUGAGCAAGUAACAGAGGAAGAGGCAGUAAAUUUCCAAUUCACAAGAGAUCCUUCAAAACAUAUCAAAUGCAGAAACACUGUCCAAGGAGCUGAUUAUAUUACCGACUCUAGAGGAUAUAUUUGCAGUAUCAUGCAUGUUGAUCCAAAGACCCACUGUUGCAGAACAGACAUCAACCCAGAACAAGCCAAAAAGGAUGGUCUUCCUCCCGUGGAGAGAUAUUCUUGUUCAACCUGUAAUACUAACAAUCAAUGUUGCUCUUCGUAUGAACAUUGCGUCAGUUGCUGUAUGGAUAUUGACAAGAGAGAUGAUUUGCGAAAAAUGUUCCAGCAGAGAAAGGACGACAAGUUAUUUAAGGGUGUAAAGACGGUUUUUGAACUUUGUUUGUUGAGGUGCAGGACUACAUCAAGAAGCGUACAAAACGAAAAUAGAUUUAAAGAUCCAACCUACAGAUACUGCUAUGGAUCCAUCAACUAG